GUGGAGGCGAUCGGCAUCAGCGACAUCGAGUGCGACGGCGACGUCAGCACGGCCGAAGGUGGUGCUCAAGCCAGGCGCGGGCUGCCCCCCCCGGAGGGGUGGAAGGUGAAGGAGCGUGAAGCCCUGCUCCGAAUCGCAGCCGGCGGUAUGUGUGCAGGGCAGGUCGGGGUGGCGCUGCUGGCCGCGCUUGCCGCCCGUGAUUCGCCCUUCGGUUCUUGCGUGAGGCGCCACCUCAUGUGCACGGGCCAGCCAUGGCAGGGAGGGAAGCGACAGCGGGAUGUCCUUCCGCUUCCUGUCCCGAGGGGCGAUCCGGCGGUGGAAGCGGCCCUUCAGCGAAUCCACCGUGCGGACCCUGGCAAGGACUGCCACCAAGGGCGUGCCGAGCGAGCUCGGCAGGCUACCAUCGGCUCGUGGGCUUUGCUGUGCAUUGUUACACUGAACUGGAUGUACUGCGCCUGUGGUCGACUCUCCGGGCUGGACUGGUGUGGGCAGAGGCCAACCCUUGCCCAGAAGGCCUCUUUGGCCCACAUCCUGGGCGAGUGCGAGGCGUUGGUCGACAGGGUCGAUGAGGAGACUGGCACGUGGACGGCGGCGCCGUCAUUGGACUUCGCCGCCGUGCUGGGGCGAAAACGGUUCUCGUAUCAGGGCGAAGAGGUCUCGCUCCCAGAGGCCCUCACUCUGCAGGAGCUGCUCCCUGGGCUGCCGCCGAAGGGCGAAGCGGCCUCCGUUGACCCACUGGCGAUCGCCGCGCCGGAGGUCGUUGAGGCUCUCCUUCACCCCGAGCGCGUGCGCAAUCCGGACGGGUCCUGCAUCGCGCAGCCGAGCAUCAGGGUCCACGCCAGUCCUGGGGAGUGGGCCCUCAUCGCGAGGGAGCUGCUCGACAGGGGGGUUUUCGAGGAGAUCGCGUUCGGCGACAUCGCAGUGGUCGGCGGCCAGCCUGUCCUCAAUGGCGCUUUCGGGGUGGUCAAGUCGGGCGACCCGCUGCCCCCGGCCACCCGCGUGCUGAGGCUGAUCAUUAACAUGAUCCCCAGCAACAGGGUGCAGCGACCGAUCGACGGCGACAUCGCCAUGCUGCCAGUUGGCGGCGAGCAUCACGUUACGAUUUUGGGUGACGGGGAGGUGCUUUUGUGGAGCAGCGACGACAUCAAGGGGUGUUUCCACGUUUUCAGGCUCCCCGAGGUCUGGAGGCCGUGGAUGGCCUUGUCGGCCCGGGUCGACCCCGUGGCCCUCGGGAGGGCCAGUGGGCCCCCCGUGUGGGUUGCCGUGGCGGUCGUCCCGAUGGGCUGGCUAUCCGCCGUGGGCAUCGUCCAGUACCUCUCGCGCCGAAUCGUUCUACAGGGAGCGCCCGGGCACGCCUGCCCGUCCGAGUCCACGGAGCUCCGGCGGGACGCGGCUUACCCUCUGCAGCUCCACCAGCUGCCGAGGGCCUGGUGGAAGGUGUACGUCGACAACCUGGAUUUCGGCGAGAUCGUGGCGGAGUCGGAGGUGCGCAACUUCGUGGGCCAGGUCUCCAUCGAGCAGCUGGCUGUACGGCACUCUUUGGAUCGGUGGGGCAUCCGCCGCAACGAAUCGAAGGCCGUCGAGCGGGCGACGGCGGCGGUGAGCAUGGGUUCCGGGGUCGACGGAGUCCGAGGCCGAGUGGCCCCAUCGCUCCCCAAGCUGCUCCAGCACCUCGCCUUGACCGCCUGGGUGCUCACGAGGGCGGACUGCCGAGGCGUGUGGGUGGCAGCCGCAACAGGGCGGUGGUGUUUCGAUUUUGGUCACCGGCGCGCUGCUUUCGGCGUCCUGGACCAAAUCUGGCGUGAAAUCGCCCACUGGAAGGGCUAUGGGCCCGUGUCCAGGCAGGGUGGCGACGAACUCAUCAUGGUCUGUUCGCUCGCGCCGCUGCUCGCGACCGACCUGCGCGCCCAUCUUUUCCCUUGGCCGCUUGCAACCGAUGCAUCGGAGCAUGGCGGCGGCACCUGCAUUGCCACUGGGGUGACUCGUGCCGGCUGGGAGGCGGCGUCGGAGGCUCACCAAGCUCCGUUUGGGCACGACGCCCGGCCUGCGCCGCCCCGGCAGGCGGCCGAAGGAGGCGCGCAGACCAGGCAGGGGGCCGAGGCCGGGGCGCGCGGCGCUCAGCCCACGCCGUCGCUGCCGGACAUCGCAGGACUCGGGUGCCCCGGCAUUGGCUUUGAGGGCACCUGCUCCUCCCUGUUCUGGGAGAUCCCGCGGGUGUCACAGUUCCUUCAGGUGGUCUUCGGGGACCUGCCGUGGAUCGACGUGAAGGAGUGCGUCGCCGGCCUGUCGGCCGAGGCAGGUUGCCAGAUUUCGGAGGGACUCUGGAGGCACCAGAUUCUCAUAGACGCAGCGGGGAUCUCUCGGGUGCGGCGGCCCCGGCUCUAUUGGUACAACUUCCCAGUAGGGGCUGGGGUCUGCCGCCAGCAGUCGCCCGUCUUCGACGCUGUUGUUCUGGCUGCCGACCCAGAGCCCGCAGAGGUUUGGCUGGAGGCGGACGCGUGCUGGGACCUCAAGUCGGAACGCAGGCUCCCGGCAUUCACGCGAGCGAGCCCUCGGGCCCAGCCACCCCCGGCCCCCGUUGAGCUCCAGGACUGCCUGGCCCACGAGCGGGCGAGGUGGCUGGCCGACGAGUGCCGCUUCCCCCCAAACGCGCGCCGGGACCAGGUCACCGUCAAGGUUGCCGUCGGCGACCGUCGCGUCGUGCGCGCUGGUGAACGCGAAGCCUUGAUGGGCUUCUGGCCAGGACACACGGCACCUUCCAGACCUACGAGCGCUCGCGCCGACGACACUGCGAGGUGCACCCUGAUUGGCAGCAGUUCACAUGUCGGAGUGGCCAGCUGGCUGCUCGCACAGGGGCUGUUCGCGGCGGGCCUGAUCGAGGCGCCCGUGUCUGCGGCGACAGUCCAUGCGGCAUUCGCAUCUGAGCUUCGUUUGCGCCGCAGCGGCAAUAACGCACGCCGAGUGCCCCCCCUGGUAGUGGGUCGAGCCGCGGUCGAGCUCAGAAGCCCCCUGCCCGAAGAGGGGGGCGAGGAGUCUGCAGCUAGGGCCUUGAUGUACGGCUUCCUGCAGCACGCCGACCACCGUGGCUCGGACAUUCGACUGGACGUUGGCCUGCCCUUCCGGGCGAAGGCGUGGCCUCGCGCCCCCAUCGCAACCGACCGGUGGCAGUGGCAGACUGUGCUGUCUCACCAGUGGCGGCGGCUCGGCAGGCACAUCAACGAGUUAGAGAUGCAGGAAGUCCUCGCCGCGCUGAAGUGGUUUGCGCGGAAAGGUAGCAUGGGGCGCCUGCAGGAUCAGGUCGUUUCGGCGGGCACCCUCAAGCGCUAUAGAGCGCGAGUGGACGCUUUCCGGCUCUGGCAGAGGUCGGAGCAGGAGCCGCCUGACGACCCCCAGGACGUCGACCAAUCCGUUAUGGAGUACCUUGAGAAGUUGUGGUCGGAGGGCGAGCCCAAAAGCUUCGCCAAUGACUUAGUUGCAGGACUGCAACACUUCACCCCGCGCCUCCGGCGUCAGCUCAACGGGAGCUGGUCGGGCGAGAUGCUCGGCCUCCGAGCGAUGGGCGUCACUUUUGCUGACGACUUAUCGAUUGCUGUUCUGAACCUUGGGCUUGCGAAGACUGGCAAGCGCCAAGGCGCUACGGAGUCUGUCACAGUCACCGAUCGGCGACAGCCGGCUGAGCCGCUCGCUCGACUGUCAGGGCCUCGCCAGAGGGCGUUGUUCAGGCAGGUAUGCGGCGAGCUCGGGCUCCACGAUCACGAAUGCAGCUUGUGCUCUUUCAGGCGUGGCGCGGCUACCUUCGAUUUCAGGCACCGCGGCCAGCUUGAUCGCACUAUC